AUGUCUGUGUUGACCGAAACUACCAAUGGCCACGGUGGUGCAGUUGUCAGAAGCAACGGGAAGAUAAUGAGUCAAAGUGGAAUCAAUUUGACUGACAACAAAGCUGUCCUGGUCCCAGACAAAAUGUUCAGCAACGAUUUCGCGUAUUUCCAGAUGAAUGGUGUGACCAUUGGAAAUCACGAGUAUGCAGUUACCAAUUCCGACAAAGACGAAGGUGUAGUAACAGCAAUGAAAGGCAACAGUGGAGUUAAAGGAAAGAAUACUAUAAUCUUUGGUUACUAUAACAAUACUGCAAAGCCAGUUACUGCUGGUCAAAACCACAUUGCCACUAUGUACUGA